UCUUCUAGAUGUACAUUUUUCUCAUGACCUGCCUCACUGAUUAGUCACUGCGCCGGAUAGGGACAGUCUUCGCCUUUAAUGAAAACGACACGAUGGAUGACCAGACACAACAAAGAAAAGGCUAUAGGCCAAGAAUAGAACAAGCACCUCGAUCCUUGAAUAGACCCUCUGUCGCAUAUAUUCGCACGAAGACUUACUCCUCCACAGCUUCAACAAACCCGACUUCCAACUUUCACUACCAGACUACCUACACUCGUUUGAACCAUCCGCAAAUCUCCCCCUUACAUCAAACCACACCACACCACACAAUCAAACACUACCCACGCAACCACCCAGAAAAAAUGACAACAACACCCCCCUCCCCACCACCAAACCCCCGACCCCAGGGCUUCCCCCUAAUCCCCAACGGCAACCUCUCCGCCAAAGGAAUCGACACCUCCAACACACAAUACAGAACAUCCCACAUCCGCACCCCGCCCCUCUCCCUCCCCUUCCCGCACCCAAAGUACCACAUCCACCCGCUCACAGGCGUCGUCUACGAAGUCACGUCCCCGAUCUUCGAAGAGUACGACCCGCGCGUCGGCUUCGUCGACAGCGUGGGGCCGAUCCUCGAGACGGUGGAGGAGUGCCGGGACGCUGAGGUUGAGGAGGAGGAGGCGGAGGAGGAUCCUGUGGUAGAGGAGGAGCCGGCGAAGGGGUUGGGAGUGGAGGAGGAGAGGGCGAGGCAGAGGUGGUUGGUGGAUGUUAAGUGGCCCGAGAGCUCGGAGAGGAGUACGAUUAUAAGGGAUAAGAAGGGAGUGAAGAGGGGGAGGGACGGUGGUGGUGGUGAGGUGGAGGGGAGAGCGAAGAGGGUUAGGUAUCAGGUUUGA